UGACGAUUAGCGAUGACGAAAUAACGCAUUAGCGAUGAGCAUGACGGGACGGGAUCGCUACCGGCUACGCAGUCGGUGGAGCGUGCAUGAUUUGCUAACAGCUGAUUGCACUAAGGGAAGCUUCGAAAUAUUUUAUUUUAGCGUUGAAUUACGUUAUGAACUUACAUAAAUGAAGCUGUUAACUCUCUAUAAGCACGCUGGAGUUGCAAGAAAGUGUGAAUACAUUUUCAGAGGAAAUCAUACGAGGUGGAUACAGAAGCAUGGUGCUGUGAUUAAUUUUAUGAUACCUGAUGAAACGUAUUGUUCUUGGCAUAAUCAAAAUGCUAGACGAAGUCGUAGUAACGUUCUUCUAACUACUACUGUCAUAGUCAGUUUAACAUCUGGGAUACUAUACUGGAAAUAUAAAUCUGGUGGUGGUUUUGUGCAAAUAUUGCAAGCAAUUUCACCAGAUGAGAAGAAAUAUUUUGGUGAAGAAAUUUCAAAUCUUCCAAAAUAUUCAGCAAAGGAGAUUGCCAAACAUAAUACCAAAGAGAAGCACAUAUGGGUAUCAUACAAAGCAGGUGUAUAUGAUAUUACAGAAUUUGUUGAUCAGCAUCCAGGUGGUGAUAAAAUAUUGUUAGCAGCAGGAGGACCAAUAGAACCAUUCUGGGAGUUGUAUGGAGUACAUAAACAAGAUGAGAUUUUAGAAUUGUUAGAAACCUUUAGAAUUGGCAACCUUUCUCAAGAAGAUAGGAAAGAAUUAUCCAGUGAUGUUUAUGCUAAUGAACCUAAUCGACAUCCUGCUCUAAAAGUUUGCAGUAAUAAGCCAUUUAAUGCAGAAACUCCAUUAGAAUUAUUAACUGAAAAAUUCAUUACACCAAGUUCACUUUUUUAUGUCCGCAAUCAUCUGCCUGUUCCACAAGUAAACUUAAAUGAUUAUAGAUUAGAAAUAUAUUUAACAAAUGGAACAAGAAAAACUUUUACAAUUGAACAUUUGAAAUCAAAAUUUCCAAAGCAUACAAUAACUGCUACAAUUCAGUGUGCUGGGAAUCGAAGAUCAGAACUAAAUAAGGUAAAAGAAGUAAAAGGGUUAAGUUGGGAAGCUGGAGCAAUUGGUACAGCAACUUGGUCUGGUGUGAAAUUAGUUGACUUGUUAAAUUAUGUAGGAGUAGAUUUCAGUGAUGAAAAAAUCCAACAUGUUCAUUUUGAAGGAUUGGACAAAGAUCAUACUUCAAACGUAAAUUACGCUGUUUCUGUACCUGCCCAUAAGGUAUUAAAUGCAAAAAGUGAUGUUUUGCUAGCAUAUGAAAUGAACGGACAGCCUUUACUUCCUGAUCAUGGAUUUCCUUUAAGAGUAGUAGUGCCUGGUGUUGUUGGUGCACGCAAUGUUAAAUGGUUAGGGAAAAUAAUACUAUCAAGUGAAGAAAGUUCAAGUCAUUGGCAGCAAAAUGAUUACAAAAGUUUUUCACCAAGUGUGGAUUGGAACAAUGUUGAUUUUAGCCAAGCUCCUGCUGUUCAAGAAACUCCUGUGAUGUCUGUAAUAUGUGAUCCAUUGAAUAACAGCACAGUAGAAAUUAAUGACAAUCUAUUGAAAGUUAAAGGCUAUGCGUACAGUGGAGGUGGAAGGAAAAUAAUUCGAGUUGAUGUUUCUAUUGAUAAAGGAAAAACAUGGCAAGUUGCUACUUUAACAAAUGAUAACUCAUCACAGUAUUAUUCUUGGGCUUGGGCAUUAUGGGAAAUUGAUUUACCAAUUGAAGAAAACACAGACUCUAUAGAAAUUAUUUGUAAAGCUGUCGAUUCAUCUUACAAUGUACAACCUGAGACCUUCCAGCCUAUUUGGAAUCUUCGAGGUUUAAUGGGAACAGCAUGGCAUAGAGUAAAUGUAUUUCUUAACUAGAUUUUCUGCAUUAUUAUUAAUAGACUGUUUUACAAAUUUGUUUAAAAAUAUCAAUAUAUAAAAGAAAAAAUUGUUGAUUGUUAUAAUAUGAAAUUCUAUUUUUAUACAUACUAGCAUUUA